AUUCCCUGCGAUGAAAGCUUCAGCUUUAGCUCAAUCGAAACGUCACUAAAAUGGUGCUCUCCUUUUGUCCCUAACUUUCUCAGAUCCAUCAUCUUUCUCUGAAAAUUCGAUUCCCUUUUGACUCUCAAUAUUCUCUCCCACAACUUUUAUCAAACACUUUGCAUCCCAACAAAAAGAUCGAUGAUGCUUCGAACCCCACAUUUGUACGAUUCAAAUACCUCCAUGUUCCCUCUCUUUGCUUCUCCCCCUUCAUCUCGCACUAGUGCUACAUGCACAGUGGCUUCUCCUGUCAUUGAAAUGGGAUUGAAGUGGAGUAAACAUGCAUCGGGUAGCAAUCAGCAAGGAGCUGUCAGAAAGACCAGGAAUGGGGCCAGGCAUAGUACAGCCAGUGCUUACGGUCAGCGUGCUCAAGAACGUGUACUUGAGGAAGAAGCCACCCAACUGUCAGAAUCCAGCCCAUCAUGGAAGCUUUUCCCGGGUCAAGCUUUUCCGUUGGGUGUAUCAGAAGUUGACAGUGGGAUAAAUUUUGCUAUCUUUUCACAGCAUGCAACUGCUGUCACACUAUGCUUAUCAUUUCCAGAGAGGCUUGGAGGGCUGGAUGGUGGAAUGAUGGAGCUGCCUUUGGAUCGUAAUGUUAACAAGACCGGUGACAUUUGGCACAUAUGUAUCCAGGAUUUGCCGAGGAGCAAUGUUCUUUAUGGUUAUCGUAUGGAUGGGCCACGAGGUUGGCAUCAGGGACAUCGAUUUGACAGCAGCAUUGUGCUUGUGGAUCCUUACGCAAAGCUAGUUGAAGGCCGUCGAAUUUUUGGAGAUACCACAAAAAAGUUAUCUAAAUUUCUUGGAACUUAUGAUUUUGAUAGCUUGCCUUUUUACUGGGGAGACAACUACAAGCUCCCAAAUAUACCUGAGAAGGAUCUUGUUAUCUACGAAAUGAAUGUUCGUGCAUAUACAGCUGAUGAAUCCAGUGGUUUGGAUCCUGAUAUAUGUGGUAGCUACCUUGGUGUGAUCCAGAAGAUUCCACACCUUCGAGAGCUUGGUAUCAAUGCAGUGGAACUGCUGCCGGUUUUCGAAUUUGAUGAGUUUGAGUUCCAGAGGAGACCAAAUCCUAGAGAUCACAUGAUAAACACAUGGGGCUACUCAACAAUAAAUUUCUUUGCUCCUAUGAGCCGCUAUGCAAGUGCUGGUGGAGGACCCCUUAAAGCUUCUCAGGAAUUUAAACAAAUGGUUAAAGCCUUGCAUGGUGCUGGGAUAGAGGUCAUUUUGGAUGUUGUCUAUAAUCAUACUAAUGAAGCUGAUGAUGCCAACCCCUAUACAACUUCAUUUCGCGGCGUAGAUAAUAAGGUUUACUACAUGCUGGACGUAAACAACAAUGGCAAAUUACGUAACUACACUGGCUGCGGGAACACAUUAAACUGUAACCAUCCUGUUGUCAUGGAGCUCAUUCUUGACAGUUUAAGACAUUGGGUUACUGAAUAUCAUGUGGAUGGAUUUAGAUUUGACCUUACCAGUGUUCUUUGUCGGGGAGCAGAUGGGACUCCUCUUGACGCACCACCACUUAUUAGGGCUAUUGCAAAAGAUGCCAUCUUAUCAAGAUGUAAAAUCAUUUCCGAACCUUGGGAUUGUGGAGGCCUUUAUCUUGUUGGAAGAUUUCCAAAUUGGGACAGGUGGGCUGAAUGGAAUGGGAAAUAUCGUGAUGACUUAAGGAGAUUUAUAAAGGGUGACUCUGGUAUGAAAGGAAGUUUUGCCACCCGCAUUUCUGGAUCUGCUGACCUUUACAAAGUGAAUAAGCGCAAACCCUAUCACAGUGUUAAUUUUAUUAUUGCGCAUGAUGGAUUCACACUAUAUGAUCUUGUUUCAUACAAUUUCAAGCACAAUGAUGCUAAUGGAGAAAGAGGAAAUGAUGGAAAUAACGAUAAUUUGAGCUGGAAUUGUGGUCAUGAAGGAGAAACUGAUGAUUCUACUGUUAAAGCUAUUCGCUCCCGCCAAAUGAAAAACUUUCAUUUGGCAUUAAUGAUAUCCCAGGGAACCCCAAUGAUGCUGAUGGGGGAUGAAUAUGGGCAUACUCGACAUGGAAAUAACAACAGUUAUGGGCAUGAUACUGCUCUUAACCAUUUCCAGUGGGGACUGUUGAAGGCACGGAACAACAAUCACUUCAGGUUUUUCAAGGAGGUCAUAAAGUUUCGACAAGCACAUCGUGUAUUUGGUCGUGAUACAUUUCUUGAGAAACAUGAUGUGACAUGGCAUGAAGACAACUGGUACAACUAUGAGAGCAAAUUCCUUGCAUUUACGUUUCAUGACAAUAGCGAAGGCGACAUCUAUUUGGCAUUCAAUGCACAUGACUAUUUUAUUAAAGUUCCAAUGCCCGCACCACCGGUCAAGAGGAAAUGGUUUCGUGUGGUUGACACUAAUUUGGAGUCUCCCAAUGACAUCGUGCCUGAUGGCGUCCCGGGCCUUGCAGGCACUUACAACAUGGCCCCCUUCUCCUCAAUUCUUCUUCAAGCAAAGUGAUGACAUAGCAUUCCGAAGCUGCCUGCGGAUGAGUUUUCCAAAUGAAGUGGAUUAUCUGGAAGCUGGGUGAAGAAUUCGGGUUCUUUCGAUCUUGAACAAGAUUUUCUAGUUGCAUUCUCAAACUCCUCCAGCUCUAGCAAUGCGUGCUUAUGCGACUGGGACCAGUAAAGUAAGUAGAGAGUAGUUAAAAUCACCAAUAAGAAAGAGGAGCCUCCAGCCUCAACCUUGUAUAUGCAGGGAGCUAUGAAGACGUGUAAUUACUAGAAAUAAAUGAGGUUCGUAGUGAAAUUAAAUAUGAAAAAAUGAAACACUUGUAACUUAUUUGGUAUCCAAAAAUUAUCGGAUUAAUUUCGUGUAUGUAAAAUUACUCUAAUUAUCAAAGUAUUUGAAUAGAAACAUGGAUUACUCGUGUUGUACGGUCA